GGGAUUGCAGCAUAUAAAAGGCAACAGCAGAUAAAGGCUCAGUGAGAGGGAGAGAGAUAGACAGCAUCAGCUGCUAAGUACCAAAGCUUGUCAAGAUGAAGUCAUUUCUAUUGACUUUCGCUGUACUUCAGGCUUUCCAAUACUGUGCUGCCAUCCCGGUGUUUGACUUCCUUCCAGUCUUUGAAGAUGCACUGAGGCAAUCCAUUAUACAGCUGAACAGUAACACAGCUGGUGGUUACCUGUUUGCUGCCAUCAGUGACGAACUGUUGCAUAUUACCCCAUCAGGACAAAAUGAUAUUUCUGUGGACCUGAGAUUUACUGCAAGGGAGACACUCUGUCCCAAAAAUAGUGGAGUAGAGAUCGAAAACUGUCAGCUGAGUAGAAACCCCCUGGCUGAAAUGGUGACAUGUCACAGCAGCGUUGGCUAUUCAUUAGGAAAAUUUGUUGAUGUUUUUCUACGUUGCAAGAAUGCAAGAAGCAGAUUUGUGGACAGCAGCAGUGCAUCGGCCUCCUUUGAAAGCAGUGAAGAGGUCAUGCACCAGAGGGGAUCAAAAUUUCAGGAUGAGUACUACUCAUCAAUCGACUGGAAUAGGCAACAACCUGAUGAACACCAGCGGAACGGCUCUGCUAUGGAAAAGAAAAUUAACCAGAGACAGAAUAUGAACCGGGGUCUGUCAACCAAGAAGAUUCCACGUCGUAAACAGAGGCCGGAAUAAGCAGUCAAAAUACGUACAAAACUGCAUAAGUAUAUACCAUGCAUGCUUUAAAGUAAGCAGUAGAAUCUAAAAAAAAUCUUAAUUGUAUCUUUCAUUCAGUGAUAUAAGAUACAUUGCUCUUUAUGUACAAGUUGAAAGCAAGACAAUAAAGCAAGUCGAUGAUAGUGUGAAAUGUCCUGUCACA